UGACGCCACGCGUAGAUAAUAGGAAGUCAUUUGAAUUUACAUCAAGUAAACAUUACACGGAUAUAAACUGCUCAUGUACACCACAAUUUUAAAAAAUGGGUGUAAAAGGUCUUCAGUACUUUAUGGACCGCUGCUGUCCAGAAGCCUGUGUGACUGUGAACCUGAGAGAAAUGGCCAGACAACAUGUUGCCAAAAACCAGCAAGGCUGCACAAUCACAGAUAACACUACCAGCCCCACACUCGUUGUGGAUGGUAUGGCCUGCCUGCGUCACUGGUACUCAUGUAAGGACUGGGUGUGUGGGGGGCAGUGGAGGGAGUACAUGGAUGUGCUAAAGAGCUGGUGGGGGGGCAGCAUGCCACUUGUUUUUUUUGUGGAGUUGCAGAAUUGUGAGGAGUGGGUGAAGAGGAGACGCAGAGUGAAUGGGGAGGUUUCUAAAAUGUUUCGUCACAUGAAGGCACAUGGAGAGCAGCCUGGUAAAGAGCUAUUUUGUCUGCCUUCUGGUCUGGCAUCAUUCACACCCUUUGCUCUCAGGUCAUUAGGCCAGGAAGUGUUUUGCUCAGUGCGGGAGGCUGACUACGAGAUUGCCAGCUAUGCUCGUCAGCAUGGCAGUAUGGGAAUUCUAGGACAGGAUUCAGACUUCAUCAUAUAUGACAGUGCCCUCUACUUGUCUGUGGCAAAGCUGCGGAUAGACAGCCUCACUACUGUCAUGUACCACCGACAAAGGCUCUGCCAAACAAUCGGAUUGACUGUUACCCAGCUACCACUGCUGGCUUGUCUCCUAGGUAACGAUGUGGUGUCAGAGGAACAGAUGCAGCACAUCAGGAACAGCGCCAUGGCAGCAAACAGGAUAAACAGUCCUGUACCUCACUCUGGUGCUCCUCAGGGGCAGAUGGUGCUAGCUGUAUCCCAUCUUGUGAGCUCCUUGUGGGACAGAGAGGAGCAAGAGACUGGGCUUAUCCCUCAGUCUCUGAAUCUAUCAGCUCCUCAAAGAGAGCUACUGAAGAGGGGGGUUCGCUCUUACUUACUGCCUGGACAGGAAGCUCUUCAGCAAGAUGACAUGUCUGCACUUCCCUCUGCCUUUGAGAAACAUUUUAGUCCCAAAAUAUUAAAGGCCUGUAGAGAGAAGCAUGUAGCAGCAGAGGGUUUCAUGGUUUACUAUUACAGGCAGUUUGUGCCGCACGCCUACAAGCCCUGCAGACAACGCAUCUAUGGGCUGCUGCUGCUGCACGGGCAUGAUGGCAGCAGUGUUGACCUUCCAGCAAUCAGGGAGUGGUUUGUCUACUCUGGAAACCCUCUGAAGGAACCUGACAUGGUCCACCCUGUCCCACUUGGCUUCCCAGGUGAUCAGCCCAGUCUGGACUUGUUAUGGUUCGGCACCAGUCCUGAAGUUUCUGCUCUUCGCCUGACGUCCUUCCUUUCGAUUUUUGACUGCCAGGAGUAUAAGGAGUUAUAUGGAGCUAUUGAAGAUUCCCUCCUGGCUGCUCUCUGCUUGGUCACUUACAUAGUCCUCCAGGUACAAACGUUGUCUCAAGAGGACAUGGAUGCUUACCUGAGUCAGGCUGUGUGUCUGAGACUAAAAUCCCCUCAGGAGCUUCAACAGAUCAAGCUGCCUUUCCUCUCCAGUCGUGCAGUGCAGCUGGGAUCCCUCUACGUCCGAGGACUGAGCCACCUGCUGGGUGCUAACUGUGCCAGCGGCUGCCCGCUGCCCAGCGCUGCCCUGAUGCCUUGGCAUAGCUUCGAUGGGCGACUGUUCCACUCAAAGUACCUCCUGGCACAUAGCGGCACAGAGAAGACUGUGUUGCUGGACAGCAAUUCGUCCUGUUUGUCUCGAUUUCUCUGCCUGAGAGAGAAACUUACAGAAACCUGCAGUAAGCGAGGCAGAGUCCUGCAGUCCAGACCCAAUGCUCCAGAACAUAGUCAUAAAACCACACCAGGUGGUGUUCAAAACUGGAGGGAAAGAGGAGAGAUGACAGGAGGCCAUCGGCAUGGAGGAGGAUGGAGGGAGAGAGGGGAGGCAAGACGAUACCCAAGAGAAUAUGAAAACGGAGAGAGACUAUGGGAGAGAAGAGGAGGGAUGAGAGGAGGCCAUUUUCAUCCUCCUCCUCAUCCAAACUGCCACGAUGGAGAACCCCAGAACAUGAGCCGUCCUCCAAAUCGUUCCAGAGGUCCAUCAUACCGGAACAGAGGCAGAUACCAGCUGUCUCCGAGAUGGUCGCAACCUCCUGCACCAGGAACAUGACUCUACCCCAGACGAAGAGAAGAGAAGAGAAGAGAAGAGAAGAGAAGAGAAGAGAAGAGAAGAGAAGAGGAGGAUUAGAGGGGAGGAUUUAAGAGGAUAGGAAAGACAUGAUGAAAGGAGCGAAGGAAUCAAAUUUCUCUGAACAAACUGAUUAGUGAAUUACCCGUUAGGAAUGUUUGUCUAAAAGAUGCAGUAGGUCGAAAAAAUGGGGAUUAGGACGAGGCAUAUUGAAGAGAUUAGGAAUACAUCAUUUAAAUUGCCAGUUUAAACUGAAUUUGUCUUUUUGUGUGUCUCGAAAUAAUCCUAUUGACAUAAUAGGUAGUAAAGACUUUUAAAGUCAAUCAUCUCAGGGCAUCUUACCUGUCUCACUGUUACAGAAAAUGAACAGUACGCAUGAGCACUCACCAAACAAACACAGAAAUGAGACACUUCAAACAUAAACUGAGAAGUGGAUUAAUGGUUGAUCCUCAAGCCUGUUAUCACCUCUUAUCUUUUGACAAUAAAAGGACAAAGAUCUUAAAAGC